AUGGUAAAUAGUUCCGCUUUGGUUAGUGUUGGUGUGCGAGUGCGGCCCCUGGUGAAGGGAGCAGCGAAUCCGCAGCACGUGUCAGAGUUCCAACAGAAGAAAGCCUGCGCGGUGCUUUCUGACACCACACUGCGGGUAAGUGAUGGUUGCUCAGUGGGGAAUGGACGCACGGUUCACUUUGCGUACGAUUGCGUGUUUGAUGAAGAUGCGACGCAGGAGGAGGUAUACGAGGCGCUCGCUUUGUCUGCGGUAGAAAACGUGGUAAGCGGUACCAACUCGUCGCUGUUAACAUACGGCCAAACUGGGAGUGGGAAGACAUAUACAAUUCUUGGAGUGACAAAUCCUGAGGCAGCAAAUGGAGAACUCAUUACAAGUGAGUCGGGUGUCCUCCUCCGCUCUCUUCAAGAUAUACUGAACUACGCAUCUUUGCGCAGAAAUUCAUCGCAUACUGUUGUUGGAAUUUCCGCUCUUGAAAUUUACCUGGAAGAAGUGAGAGAUUUGUUGAGUGCUGGCGAGUCCCCCGCGGUUGUGCAGAUGGCUGUCACAAAGGACCACGUUCUCUUUUCGAAUCUUGAGUACGUGCCGAUCCUUGAGCUUGACGAUGCACUGCGGGUGUACCAGGAGGCAUCGGCCAAACGUAUGCAACGAAUGACCUUCGGAAACGACAAAUCGUCCCGUUCCCAUGCAAUUUUUAAUAUCGAGGUGUACCAACAGCCUAUAACAACUGUGAGCACCAAACCGUUGACUCUACCACAGUGCUUAGCUUUGAAGGAAGCGUCUCAGGUGUGCCCCCCGGGAACGAGACCCAUAUCGCACACACAUGCGUUGUUUGCUGACGCUUCGAACGACCUACUUGGCGAUGCCAAUGCUCCCGUAAUGUACAGUAAGUUGUCAUUGGUAGAUCUUGCGGGAAGUGAGAAGCCGGGAAACGUCAAGGUGAAUAGUAUUGGUUUUGACGAGCUUAAAAAAAUUAACUCGUCACUGACUGCAUUAGGAAGUGUUGUGCAUGCCCUGUAUGAGGGCGCGGCGCACAUCCCGUAUCGCAACACAAAGCUCACAACCGUUCUUCGCGACACUUUCGCCGCCCCAAAUUCUCACGUCGUUCUAAUCGUAACGGUGAGCCCAACUGUGCUUACAUUCGAUGAGACGGUUUCGUCUCUUCACUUCGCCAACAAAGUGAAAGAGCUCAAGGUAUCUUCCACCGCUAUCCGCAACACAAAUAAUGACCUCGAUUCGCCAAAAGCAGGGAGUUUCCACUCGUCAGUUCGGUGCUUUGCGGAGUUAUCUGCAGAUUUGGCCAUCGCUCGGGAAAAGCACAGCUUUUCCCCCCCAGAGGUCAUAAAGCAUGUGGCAGCAGAUAGAAACAAUCUUCUGUACGACACGGCCUUCAAUAUACGCCUCAGGGACUCUGAUGCACGAUAUAUUGGUAUGUUUACCCUAUGUGAUGCACUGAAAGCUGUCGCGUCAGAGAAGGAGACUGCAAACGAGGAGGAGCGACAAGAGGAAUUGCGGCGCGAGCUGUGUGACGAAAUGGUUGAGGAGUGGAAAAAUGGGUACAUGGAGCUUCACUCGCGCUUAGAGACGGCCUCAGCGGAUGAUGGCCCAUUGACUACAGACGAGUGGCAGGCGUGGGAAAGGAGACUUGUGAAGGAAGCUACCGACUAUAGAGAUACUCGCUCCAUGCGCCGUCAGCUCCAUCAGCGUUGUAAACUCGUUGCGACGGACAUUGAAAAGACAGACAACGUGAUCACCGGAUUAGAGUAUAGUGAGGCCCACCUCAAUGGAGGUCACAACGGCGGUGCUUACAACGAUUACUCUGGUGAAGAGUCGACUCAUUGGGAACUGGGGGGAGAAUGGGACGACGAGGAGGGAGAAGAUGAAUUGUCUGAAAUUUCGUCUGAUGUGGGAGAGGCAGCUGAAUUAGCAACAACGUGUCUCACAAUGUGUAACUUAAUGUACAGGAACAAACAACUUUCGACUCUACUAGAAGAAGAGCAGGAUCGGUACCAGUCGCAAAAUGAAGAGGUGCUGGAGAUGUGGAGGCUCAGCAUGGCCCGUGCUGUGACAGAUAGCGCGACCACGCAUUUUAACGAAGGGGGUGGCAGGAAUUACCGUGAAGUAUUACGCUCAGUGCUGGGACCGUGGACACCUAAGGGAAAGGAGUUAGCGGCCCAACCGUUCCCGUACUGGAUGCGCGUGGAUGCUGAUAUUGGGGCAAACACCCGUUCCCGCAAAAAGGAGAAGGGGGUCCACCAGACAAAGUAUGAUGACCCCGAGUUUUUGGAUGACGUUGCUUCUUUCAUGAAGAUGGGGGGUAAAGUCAGAAAGUUUAACAGUGAUGGUACAUGCCACAGUCGACUUAUUUAUGUAGAUGUCAAGUCUAGAGAACCCCGCUUGUGCUGGUCGGUUGUUGGCUCUCUAGGGAAGGAGGGCUCCUUCCCGCUUUGUUUGAUAACAAGUAUUCUGUUGGGGCGCGUCAAAGAAGACUCUGUUGGGGGUGUGUGUUACACCAGUUGGGGUGUUAUUCACACACAGCACGAAAAGGACUCGUACGGGAGAGAAGAACGAGUAGAUUUUGUGUGUGACUCUCCACCUGAAUUCGAGGCAUGGGUGAUUGGCCUUAGUCAUGUCACAGGUCUGUGGCCUCGUUUCGAAUUACCAAUGGGAAUAAGUGAUGACGGGAUGGCUUUCCGAAUUGGGGACCGUGGUGUGAACUUUUGUAGAGAGUGGCAUGUACCUUUAGCCGUGUAUGCGGAGACGAGAGAGCAACUACUAAGUCGUCAACGGAGUAAAGGGGUCCGUUUGACGCCAGGAGAACUUCGCGUUCUUGUACGCUUGGAUAUAUUUAGAUCUUCCGCGAUGUGGCUGCAUUUCCGCGACGAGGGUCUUGUCGUGAACCCUCUUCCGGUGCUCAAUUGCUACGUUGGCGCUGCCGAGGGGACAAAUAGUGUUCCGCAAACAUCCACGACAGCUGCGACGACACCCUCUCGGACCUCAACGCGUCACCUCUCAUUGAGGAGCGCAUCGACUUUGGGACCCUAUUGA